ACGGUAUCGGUAGACUAUUCGUACGGCACUCCGGCAGUGUCCAUGCUAUGGUUCUUGGGGAUUACUAAGUUUCCAGCCACACGUGUCACGGGUGUGAUGUGAUAACAUGGGAAGCCCCACUGGGAGCCCCGCAAUAAGCCACACUUACGCAUACGCAUGCCUCGGUGACCUCCUUCUUUCGAGCUGUCGCGGCUUCCCCAGAACCUCUCCUCAGAAUCCAACCCGGCAUCGAAGAGACCCCCCAGUCUUGCACCCCAACUCUUCAGGAACAGCCUUCUAAGCCUCCUUCGAUCGCCACCCCGUCAUACCGUUCUCCCCCUUUCUCCCACCUCCCCCAUCAAGCCCCAUCAUCUCGCAUCCAGGUACGUCCCCAUCUCCCAUCGCUGACAAUCGCGUCAAGACCGACAAGCGUCAUUGCUUGUGCUGCCCACAAUUUCUAUUGUCAUGCCAAACACCGAGCCCUAACACAAGCCCUCUCCACCCAUCCUUUUCCCUCCGUUAUCCAACUCCCUCCCAUGCACCCUUCUUUCCCCCGCCACCUGGGGCCUAUCCGUGCAGGACCUAACGAACCCCCUUCUCCAGUCCUUAUCCCGAUUUCGCAUCAAGAUAACCUUCACCCUCAACCUGCUCCUCCGCACCCGUCUCCACUCGUUCUGAAGGGUGGGCAUUAUAAAACGAAGAGUCCUCCCUUGCUAAUCUCGCCAUCCUCUGUUGGAAUAAUGGAUAUGGUGAGUGCACAAGUUUUACUGAUUCGCCGCGUGAUUGGCCCUGCCCGGGAUUGUGCGCCGCUGACAAAUGAGCGUUAUCCAGGAGCAACCCGACGAUCAGGCUAUGGUCAUUGAUGGCUCGGACCAGGACAACGGAAAAACUCAGGAUGUCACCAUCAUAAGUCCGCAGCAGUCGAUUGAUUCCGGCUCUGCUGACGACAAGGACUCUAUACUGUUGGCUGAUGACCGUAAUUAAUCCCUGCUAGUGUUACCGAAAUCUUGACUGAAUUGUUUUGUCUAGACGAGGCUAUGAAGAAGAGCCUUCUUGCGGAUAUUCCCGAUCUCGAGACGGAAGAUGAAACCACAUAUACAUGGAAAAUCGAAAACUGGAGGAAAAUGGAACGGAGAUCCCGCGGCCCGGUAUUUCAUUGUGGCGGUGCUCCAUGGUACGGAACUGAGUGCCAUUGCCGAUAAUCAUCCGCGAAUGCCCAUUAACAAGUUUUUAGGCGUGUUCUCUUUUUCCCCCAAGGAAACAAUUGUGAUUUCACAUCCUUCUACCUUGAGCAGGGCUUCGACGAGAAACCUCCCGAGAAUUGGUAUAAAUGCGUUCAAUUUGGCCUUGUACUUUGGAAUCCAAAUGACCCAUCGGUACACGUGACACACCGUGAGCUUUCUUAGUCUGUUGGAUAUGAUGAGUAUGCCUUUUCUGACAAGGUCCCCGGUUUUAGAGGCCCAUCACCGUUUCACCGCCGAUGAAGGUGAUUGGGGGUUCACUAAAUUUGCUGAGCUGAGGUCGUUAAUGUGUCCAACAAAGGAGAGGGCGCGGCCACUAGUUGAGGAUGAAUCCGCGAACCUCACGGCGUACGUUCGUGUCGUAAAGGAUCCGACGGGCGUCUUGUGGCAUAACUUCCUAAAGUAUGCUCCUUAGAAUAACGUAAUGAUCUUUGAUGCUGAACGUCGACUUAGCUAUGAUUCAAAAAAAGAAACUGGCUAUGUUGGACUCAAGAAUCAAGGUGCUACAUGCUACCUUAACUCCCUGUUGCAGUCGCUAUACUUCACCAAUAGCUUUCGGAAGGUAAAUACACGACUUUGGACAUGUGGGGACAUAUUUUAAUGGAAAUUCAUAGGCCGUCUACCAAAUUCCUACCGAGAACGAGCCGCUCUCAAAUAGCGCACUUACUCUGCAGCGCUUAUUUUAUCUUCUUCAGACAUCCAAUGAGGCGGUUGGGACCUACGAGCUUACGCGAUCUUUUGGAUGGGAGACACAGGAUAUAUUUGCCCAACAAGAUGUCCAGGAACUCAAUCGCAUUUUAAUGGAGAGCUUGGAGCAGAAGAUGAAGGGAACCCAGGCGGAAAAUUCUCUGACGAAAUUGUUUGUAGGGAAGACAAAAACCUAUAUCAAGUGCAUCAAUGUGGACUACACGUCCGAGAGGAUUGAGGACUUUUGGGAUAUCCAACUCAACGUGCGAGGCUUCAAAAACUUGGAUGGGUCUUUCCGGGAUUAUAUCGCGGUAGAGACGAUGGAUGGGGAGAAUAAAUACUUUGCUGAAGGCCAUGGACUCCAAGACGCGAAGAAGGGAGUGAUAUUUGAGUCUUUCCCGGAAGUCCUGCAUCUGCAUCUAAAGCGCUUUGAGUACGAUUUGAACACGUAUGCGAUGCAGAAGGUAUAUCGCCCAGUCCGCCAUUUUGAUCACCACUGACUUGAUUAUUCCUGCAUGAUAGGUGAACGACCAUUACGAAUUUCCCGAGGAAUUUGAUGCGGCGCCGUAUCUCUCCGAAGAUGCUGAUAAGUCGGAGCCCUAUACAUAUGCCCUACAUGGGUUCGUUAUCCUAGCCUAAAAAUUGCUACCAAUUCUAACCCGACUUAGUGUUUUGGUACAUAGCGGUGAUCUUAACGCGGGCCAUUAUUACGCUUUUCUGAGACCCGAGAAGGAUGGCAGGUUCUUGAAGUUUGAUGAUGACCGCGUGACGAAGGCAACCCUGAGGGAGACAAUGGAUGAGAACUUUGGAGGUGACUAUGGGCCAGCUACUAAUGGGCUUCCGAGAAACCCACAAGCUCGAGCCAUCUCUAUCAAAAGAUCCAUGAAUGCCUACAUGUUGGUUUAUCUCCGGAAAAAUAAGAUCGACGAGAUUUUACCCGCAGUGACCGAAGCCGACACACCUCCACAUCUCCGUAAGUUUUGCGCUUUCCCUCGCUCCCCCUCUCCCCCUAGAAGGGCGUCCUACAGGUUGAGGCGGGGCUGAUUGGCAAAACAGAGAAGAAACUGGACGAGGAAAGAGCAAAUCGUGAAUUGCGCAAGCGAGAAAGGGAUGAACAGCACCUAUACCUUAACGUGAAGGUCAUAACGGAGAGUCAGUUUAAAGCCCACCAAGGUUUCGAUCUUACAUCCUGGGAUGACAAGGAUCAGCCCGAGGAGGCCCAGCCAAGGCACUACCGGGUCCUCAAAGCUUCACUGGUUAAAGACCUUGUUGAAAAAGUAGCGACAGACAUUCGUGUUGACCCUAGCAACGUGAGAUUAUGGAUAAUGGUCAAUCGCCAGAAUAAGACCGUUCGUCCGGACCAACCUCUCACUAUACCGGAAAUGAGUAUGGUCCUCGAUUCUUUGUUCAAGAAGAUCCAAUCUUCUAAUGCUAGAACAUUAGGUAUUGAGGACGCCUCAAAUAAGCACAACAACAAGUCGAGCGACUUUAGACUAUGGGCGGAGGUUGCAACUGAGACUAAACCAGGCAAAAACCUGGAGCCCUGGGCUCAGGCUCGAGAUUCAAACAGUGCUUGGAUAGUUGUGUUUCUAAAACGUUAUGACCCGGAGUCACAGUCACUGCGCGGGGUUGGCCACUUAUACAUGCGGAAAAAUGACAAAGUUGGAGAACUAAUACCCGCGAUUCUGACUGAAAUGAACUGGCCGCAAAGCACAUCUCUGAAGCUUUAUGAGGUUCUCACCCCGCUCUCACUUCCGGUAGACCACAAUGCUGAUAUAAUUGUAGGAAAUAAAACCACAAAUGAUUGAACCCAUGAAGUCGAAGCAAACCUUCAACCAGGCUGAGAUUCAGGAUGGCGAUAUUAUAUGUUUUCAGAAAGCAUACACCGAAAAAGAGUACGAAAACCCUCCCACUUGAACCAAGCAGAAAUCGCUUACAUUAAUGCAGGGCACAAGCACUUUUGCGAGAAAAUUUUAUUCCGGAUGCCAAGGACUUUUAUGAUCUUUUGGUCAACAGAACUGUCAUCAAGUUUCGCCCAAAGAAUUCCCAUGUCACCGAGGGGAAAGUCUUCGACCUGACACUUAACAAGAAAAUGACAUACGACCAGGUAUAUACAAACCUCCGGCUGCGUCGAGCGAUUGCUAAUAUUUUGGGUGAUAGCUCGCAGACAAAGUUGGUGACUACCUCGAUGCGCCACCUACGCAUCUAAGAUUUACCACCAUCAAUGCUGCUACCGGAGGUGCUCGGUCGAUAAUCAAGCGAAAUCCCAAUAUGACGCUCCAUCAGAUGCUUACAACCACCUAUUAUAGCAAUACCACCAUCUCACCAAAUAGUCUGUACUAUGAAGUUUUGGAGUUGUCACUCACCGAACUCGAGACGAUGAAAACCCUUAAGCUGUACUGGCUGCCUGAGGGUAUUGUGAAGGAGGAGCUGGUCGAGAUCUUGGUCCCCAAGAAUGGCCAAGUUCAAGACAUCGCUGCAAUACUUCAAAAGAAACUUGAUUUGGACGAAGAAACUGCAUCGAAAUUGAGGUUCUACGAAUCUCACCUUGGCAAGUUCUACAAAGAAUUGGAGAUCACUUUCAAUGUAACCGGGAUACAAGACUACAUGAGUUUGUUUGCCGAGCGUAAGCCAACUGAGGAGCUAGAAAUGGAGGAAGGCGACCGAUUUAUCAAUGCUUUCCAUUUCCACAAAGAGCCAAGUAAGGCUCACUCUUUUGGGAUACCUUUCAGAUUUGUCGUCAAGCAGGUAAAUACGAUCGUUCCUCGGCUCUUUGUGUCUUAAACGCGGGACUAACAGAGUUGGCUUUUCUUUCUUUCCUUCUUUCUACAGGGAGAGAUCUUUGAGAAAACCAAAGAGCGGCUGCAAAUCCGAACAGGCAUCAAAGGCAAACCAUUUGAGAAGAUUAAGUUUGCCGUCGUCAGAAAAUCAAGCGUCCCGAAGCCCAUAUAUCUGUCGGACGGUGAGCGCCCCCUUACUUUUAUGGUUUGGUUAUAAAGCCUUUGCUAACAUUCUCGCCAUAGAGGACAUACUUGCGGACGUAGCCUCCGAGGCCGAUGAUUUGCUUGGGCUAGACCACGUUGAUAAGAACAGUCGCACCUGGGGCAGAUCCGGGGGACCAGAGAUACGGAUUAGAUAG